GCUGUUGCGAGCAACGAUCCCAGCAGGCUGCAUGACCGUCGAAGAAUCCGACGAAGAGCUUCUGGUCGUAGCAUCGCCGAAGAAAUUAAAAGCACCAUCUCAGCAUGCCUUGACCUACGCGCCAGGAUCACCGAGCGUAAGCCUCGCAACCUCACGGAGCGACGAGACAAGCCCGCAUCCUCGUUCUUGGCUGCAUCUAUAAAGGCGCAUACUCGUUUACAGCAUCAGCAAAUCCGAGGCAAUGCACCUCGCUCGACGUCUUCUGGCGAAUCAGCUGCAAGGAGGCUUCAGCGUAUACCCCAGGCAGACGAGCAGCCUCAUGCAAGCACGUGGCGUGUCACGCAAACAGACCGUCUGCCGUUUAAUCAUGCUCGCCUGAAUCAGCACGUCUGCGUGAUGACGGACUGA